UAAAAGUCAAUCCAUAACGAAACUGUUCUAUUCGGUUUCAUUUUAAUUAACUGCGAGUUCCGAACUGUCAAUGAAGAAACUGCAACUUGAACCAAUAUCGGCGAAAGAGUUACUUGGAGUUACAGGCGUGAAACGACGUGGCAUAAGCCGAAUCGCGGUUCGCCUGUGAAAAAUGGCACGGGUUGACCAAAGACAGGUGUUACAAAUAGCUGAAGAUUUUGUAGAUGAGGUUUCUAACUGCAACAGUUUUAAGGUGUUGCGGUAUGGUAAACACAUUCUUCCCACAUUGGCUCGGCUAUGCCUUGUCAGUACGUUCAUUGAGGAUGGCAUUCGCAUGUGGAUGCAAUGGAAUGAACAAAGGGAUUACAUGAAUGUUUCAUGGGGGAUUGGGUGGUUUUUAGGAUCGCUUUUUGUUUUGGUCAAUUUAGUUGGCCAAUUAGCUGGAUCAAUCAUGGUAAUUGCACGAUUCAAAGUUGAUGCUGCUUGUGCUCUUCUGUUUUUCAUAGUUUUCUUGCAGACUGUAGCAUAUAGCAUCUUAUGGGAUCUGCAUUUUCUUUUAAGAAACCUUUCACUUGUGGGAGCUCUGCUAUUAUUAAUAGCUGAAAGAAGAGUUGAAGGAAAAAGUCUUUUUGCUGGCAUUCCCACUCUUGGAGAAAACAAGCCUAAAAAUUACCUGCAGUUGAGUGGGCGCAUUCUUUUAGUUUGCAUGUUCAUCACAGUCCUGAAGCUAGAACUCAGCGUUGUCCAAGUCAUCCAAAACAUUGUGGCCUCAGCUCUUAUGGUUCUAGUCACAGUGGGAUACAAGACAAAGCUGUCUGCUCUUGUCUUAGUUCUGUGGUUGAGUGCCGUCAACUUUUAUUCAAAUGCAUGGUGGACACUCCCCUCCUAUAAGCCAAUGAGGGAUUUCCUCAAAUAUGACUUUUUCCAAACUCUUUCCGUGAUUGGUGGGUUGCUAAUGGUUGUUUAUUUGGGUCCAGGAGGUGUCAGUAUGGAUGAGCACAAGAAAAAAUGGUGAAUUUUUUUUCUUUGGCAUUUUGUCAGGUGUACCAUUUUUUUCCCUUAAGUUCUCAUGGUGUCUAAAUAAAACAAAUUUUGAAGAGUUUUAUAUUUUUAAACAAAAUAAUCGUUUUUUGUGCUAUUUUGACUUUUUUUUUUAGUACUUAGCAUGUUUUAAGGUGUCCAUCAGUGUAAAAUGUGUCCAUUUCGGCAACAUUAAAUUUAUCUUAUCAUUCUCA